UAUUCCCGCCCAUCACCUCCACCCCACCCCCUUUUCGCUUUUAUAUGUUAUAAACCCUAAUUUCACCCCAAUUGCACUCGAUCGCGCCUACCAAUUCUCUAUUAGCUCUUCUAAACUCAAUUGCAAAUCGUUUCAUCAACACAUAUCAGAUGGAGGAUGCUGUCAAAGGUCGAUCUUCUGUACCCGGAAAUAACGGUGGAUCUGCUAAACUUCUUCGUUAUCCUCUCCGAUCGGGCACCAAGUCGAAGGAUGAUAAGCCGCCUCUGUCAGCUACAUCAACUCCUUCCUCAUCUAGAAGGGGAAAAGCUUCAAGUGUGAGUCAAAGUGUUAGUGUUCUUGAUCUAUCAGCCAAAGACAAAUCUGCAAAGCCUCCAAGAAGGUACUCCAUUCCCACCAAGUCAACCACCACCCCUGCUACCAAACUAGCCAGCAACACAACUCCAACAUCAGAUGCAAGAACAAACAGGUCUAGAAACAACACACCAGUUUCAGAUGCUUCUAGAUCAUUAACCCGAAGGAAAUUCAGUGUUCUAUCUUCAGCUUCAUAUUGGCUCUCUCAGAUCAAGCUCUCUGAAGCUUCUGGAAAGCACCAAGUUUCACUUGGUUUCUUUAAACUUGCUCAAGUCGCUGCUUGUGAGAAUCUUCAACUACUGAGAGAUGAACUCAAGUCCUACACUCUGCGCCACAACAUUCUUGAACUUGGGGAAUCUGCAAAGGAAGUUCUUCAGCUUUAUGACAUAUCAGAAAGCAUUGAAGGUGUUCAAGUUUCUGAAACCUGUUGUUCCCAGAUAUCUGAAGAUGCAAUCAGUUUGUCUUCUAUUAAUGGAGUUCACAAACCGAAACCAAAGUCUUCAAGCAACAAUGGUGGUAUUUCUGUCAAAGAAAAUAAUCAAAAGAAACCUGUACAACAUACAAAAGCUUCAACAAAUAAGAAAAUGACAAAUCAGCAAAAGAACAUGCAGAAGCAAGCCACAAACAAGCCAAAAGAGAUUGUCAAAAGCAAGGGAAAGAAAUCUGUUACUGAAGGGGUGGUGGUAAGUUCUCCUGAGGAGGUAAUUACCCAAGAAAACAAAGAAAACAUGGAUGCUCCCCCAGUAGAGGAGAUCAGCAUGGAAUCAUAAUAAGUAUAUUCUGCUUCAAUUAAAGCUGGGUGUUAUAUAUAGUUUAUAAAUUUUUUGGUUGUUUGAUUGUGUUUAAUGUUUCAUAUUUUGUUACUUGGGAUGUUUGUUGUCUCUUCUUGUUUCUAUUGGUGUCUAAAAGAUUAACUUCUUGUACGAAAAAAACUCGUUCGUAUUUUGCAAGUGUUGAAAUUAAUGUGUGAAAUUUGCUGGAAAAAAAUAUGUUGUAAACAUAUUUUUAGUUAUUA